UCACGUUUUCCGCUUGUGUUUAUUUUGUAUUUUCUUGCAAUAAAUUUUAGUAUAUAUAUAAAUAAAUGAAUUAAAAAUAAAAUAAAAAUUGCCAUCAAAAUUGAUAGAAGUUGAAACUUUUUGACAUAAAAAAAACUUAUGAAACUAAUAUGACAGAAGAGAAGGAAUGAGUAACAAUUCUCAAUCACGAAAGAAUAUUAGAAUUCAUGACCACUUUGUGAAAAAUAAGUGAGCCAACCAUGCCGAUAGUAAUGAGCAAGGAUGAGUGGGACCGCAUCGGUCGUUGGUCCGAGCACGGCAAGGAGGACCCGGAGAUGGUCCGUCGGCGCGAAUACGUCCGCUACUUGGACGCCACUAGCAACGCUAUGACGAAGACCUGGCCAAAUUCCUUGGAGAAUGUGAACAAACGCAACGAGGAGUUAAGGCGCGCGCGCCAGGAGGCGGCGGAGGCGAAGAAUACCAACUUCUACAAGAGAUACGUGCGCCGCAAGCGCGAGGAACAGCAGCGACUCAUGUACAGCGCCAGGGACACCAUCUUCAAGAACAAGGAUGCCCCCAAGUUGUUACUUGGCGCUGUCAUCGAAACUGUUGUGCAAAAGGAGCGUUUGGAGCAGUUGAAAUUUUUGCAAGAGCAACGACAGCGCGAAGCGGAUCAGAAGCGACAAGACGAUGACGAUGUCAUUCGUAGGGCUAAGGAGUGGCACGCCCUAAAUCAGGAGAAGAAAGCAAGGCGCUUCGAUGCCAACAAACGGCAUCAGAGGGAAAUUCUAGACCAAGCCAACGAAGUAUCAGAACGAAACAGAGUCGAGCACGAGACAGAGCUGAACUUUCAGAAGUUGGACAACAUCAAGGCAAAAGAAGAAAUGGCUGCCAUCAAGAAUUUCGAAGAAAAAUUUAAAGCAGCGGAGAAGAGUCGCAUAUGGCGGGACAUGGAGCGGGCGCGGCACGAGAGUGUUGCGCGGCGCCGCGAGCAGCAAGCGCGCGACCUCCUCGACGACAAGCUGAUGCACGUGCUGCUGCGGGCUCGCGCUCGGGUCGAGGCGCGCCGCAAGGAUACCGAGAAGGAGAUUAAAGAAGAGAAGCUGCGGGUCCUUGAGCAGAUCAGCCACAAGUUGGAGUCGGGCGAUGCAGCACGAGACGCCAAGGAACAGGCUAUACUCGACAAGGCCAUCCAAGAGAAGCAGGCCAUCGCCGAAACUCGCCGUCAGUCUGAUGAGCGCAAGAAACAGCAGUUCCGCGAGGAGCGACGCCGCGCCCGCGAACAGUUCCUGCGGGACGAAGCCGCGCGCCUGCAGGACUUCAACACCACGCGGCAGUGGGACAUCAUGAACAGAUUUAAGAAUGCAGAACUCUAUGAAGACUUCCAAGAAGAUUUGCGUAAGGAGAAGGCUCGUAAGAUCAAGGAAUACAGGGAGGAUAUCCUUAAAUUAUGGCGUGAACGUGAAGACCGCGAAGCUCGUGAGAGAGCAGAGACUCGUUACUUCUACGGGGAGCUGGCGGAGAGCAAGCUGCGCCGCGCCGACAACCAGCUGCUGGCGCACGCUGCUGCGCUCGUUGAAGAAGCUGCCAUGCACGAUAGACUCACGAGACCUAUACAGCGCGCCGUGGACCGCUACUGCAAGCUAUAUCGGCUGUACCCGAUGCCGGAGUUGCCGCACUCGCAGCAGGAACAUUUCAAAGAGUACGCCCCAAGAGACUGUUCACAACCAGACCCUGACUAUAAGGAGCCCACCCCACCCCCUUCAUUACAGCCACCAACUGCUGGAAAAACCGCCACUGCAUUAGACGGUGCUAAGAGAGAUGGCUUGCAGGACAUUAGCAAGGGUAAUCCGAUAUCCGCAGCGGGGACUGCCGCCGGCACUGAGCAGCGUAGAGCUGAUGGACUGCAGCGACGGCAGGAUAAAGAUGGAGUCCAGUUGCCUGCGAUUUAAAUCAAAACGCAAAAGUUAACGUGGUAAGUAAGCUGCGACAUCUGCCGGCAGGCGACGAAAUGAAACGAAUGCUUACAAAAUAUUUAUAAUUUAUUCGUAUCAAUUUUACAAGGUGUUUUUAUUCUAUUCACUUUACAAAACUUAGAGAGCGUUUUCGUAUGGCACGAUUGUGACGGUUUGUGACUAGAGAACAAUAAAUUUGUGUCGUGUUAUGUCAAAAUUUAUUAAAACAAUGUGAAUUUUUUAUAGCGAAUAAAUUUUUCGGUUAUGCCCUAAUCUGUGUUUUACUAACUUAAUAAUUAACUUAACUAGUUAAAUUUAGAAGUCGAUAUAAAUCUAGCAAUUACUAAAUUAAUUACAUAAAUCUUUGGUCACAUUGAGUGUAGAAAGUCUUAAUUAUAUCUAAGCGGGUGCCAUGUCGUGUCACUUUAAAUAAUGUUUGUGCGAAAUGGAAUAAAUUGCUUAAACCACAGCUUUCAUAAUACUUCGUUUGCUUUGGCUUACAAUAUUGUCUGUCGUUUCUACCAGUUGAUAUUAUUGUUAUGAUUAAAGCUUUCCAUUUUAAAAGUAUUAAAUUUAUCGUGGUCACAAAUUAAAUAAUACCAACUGAUUUGAAAAAAAUCACCAAAAGCGCAGUCGAGUCAUCUUCAGAAUACCUAUUUUCUCGAUAUUAUAUUCAGAUUAUUUCUUUGGUGUUAAUACGGUGGGUUAACGGUGAAUAUCGUAAUAAUUUUAAUAUAUUUUCUGUUUUAAAUUGAUAACAAAAUAGCAUCCAUGUUCUCCAUAGACACCUGAAUUUAACAAUAUUAAAAAAAAACCAUGAACAUUUGCCAGUCCAUGAAAUUAGCACAAUAUCUAAAACUUUUCCAAUCGAUUAUGAACAUUAUUUCUCUCGUGUUUAAGCAAACAAUCAAUUGGUAAAGCCUGCCAGUAUUACGUCAACUGCGCUGGUGGGUUCGUAUUUGGAAUAAUAUUCGAGAAUGUUCGAUCGAGACUUCGUGUCGCGCUCGCUUAACUAACUUAAACUAACUUGUACUUUCGCGUGUCGAGAAAAAAAAAUAUUUAUAAAACUAACUUAACUACUAAAAGAGAUGGCAUGAAUUUGUGCUACAGGUAAGUAACUAGAUAUAAGCAUAGCGUCGCUAUCAUUUCAAUGAGUCGUGAGUAUAAAUAGGCUUAUUUCAGGAAACACAAAAUCUUUUAUUUUAUUUUUCAAAAGGCUUCAUUUUGUGUCUCCUAUAUAGAGAUUCAUAAUAGAUCCCAGGUAUUUUUAACAAUACGACCUUUUUUACAAUAUUUUAAAACUAAAAUUAAAGUUAUACAAUUUUGCAUACGACAUUUUGAGAUGACAGCGACGAUAGGUAGAAUUACGUGUCAGCAACUGAAAUCUUACUUGAAUACAGAGAAAUGUCCUGUGUGUUUUAAUAUGUGCUCAAAUAACAAAGUGAACUCGUAUUCUAAGUAUAAGAAGAAUUUUAAAAGAUUUGAUGCGGAAAAGCGGAGACUGUCAUGACACUUGAAAUAUAACUUCUACCGGUCAUGAAAUAUUACGCAUAAAUCUUUCAACGCGCCUUAUCCGAUGACGUAUUGAUGUUUAAACAAUUUUCCAUUUUGUGAUCACGAUAGCAGAGUUACUUUUCAAGUGUCAUAACGUUGUGAGCGCUUCUUAACGUGUGAGCUAACACACACUGCAAGCGCAUAGCGUGUCUUCUAAAAUUUCAUUAAAAUUAUCAACAUGUACUUUAUUUAAUUUUUAAUUUUAAUAUAUAAUUAAUUGGACUAUUGAGGUGUAAACCAACUUUUAACUCUAUAGGACAUAGAUGUCGUUUGUAUAAAAUAUAAAUCACUGACAAAAAUACUUUAUAAUAAUCUGUAUCUUAUGGUUUGUAAGGUCGAUAUUGCUAUAUCUAAGGCAAGUUAGGACGACACGUAAUGUCUGUAUGACGAAAAUUUACAUCUCCAAGUCUUCAGCGUUGUAGUAACGCAUGAAGACAUAUUGCUCACACGCACUUUCAACAUAUCUCAUUAUAUAUACUUUUAUAUAAAAAAAGGAAACAAAAUCAUCAGUAACAAUCAGAAUAGAAAACAUGGAAUAGGGGUCCUUCGACUUAAAUUUAAAGCUUAUGGUAAACUAAUAAAUAAAUUAAGUAACAGAAAUUUAUCUAAUGUACGCAAAAUUUGGCACUAAUCUAAUACUUAACGUGGCUUUACAUCGGGAAAUGCAUAAAUUAUAUAUUAUUUAAAAAUGCAUCAUUCACUACGCGUAUAAAUACUCACCAAUGUAAAUAUUAUAAAAAGUUUUCAACACAAACUAUUGAAUAAUAUAUAUAACAUUCCAAGUAAUGCGGUACAAAACCGGACUGUAUAUUGAGCCAAUAAUAAUUAUAAAAACUAAGUAAAACAAUUUAGAGAAAUCAUUACAAUAAUCUAAAAAGAAAAAUACAUCAAAAUUUAUUUUACUAAAGUCGCGGUUGUGUACCUUUACGUCAUAAAUGGAUUGUGUUAUGCAAAGUGUUUUUUAAAAUGUUAUAGUGGGACUUCAGUCUUCAAUUACCAUAUCAAAACAACUAUUUUUAAUUUAGCAAAAUAAAAAGGUUACAAAAGGGCCUUUGAAUUUCAAAAUAAUUACUGUUCUAUGAAAAAUUAAUUUAUAAAAUCAAACAAAUCUAACACAAAUUUAGUCAGAUAACACACUUCUGCAUAACACGACCCAAGUUUAUAAAAAGAGUAACAUGUCAGUCUUCUCGAUAUCAAACCGAGUUUUAAUUUAAAGACGGUAUUCCGUGAACUGCAGUCGUUUGUUCAAGGCAGGUCUCGGGCUAACCCGCGUCCUACUAGCUGAAGUUUGCACAACGACGCCGUUUCUCCUCGAGGGGAA